AGACCUUCAUUUGCUGAUUGCUCUGUCGGGGAACUACCAGGGAACCUCACAUCGCUGAUUAAUGGCACCUGCGAGACCAAUGCUAAUGUACCAUGUAAUACAGUGUGCAUGUUUAAGUGUGACGCAGGAUACACCAUCACUCACAAUGAAUCCAUCAUCUGUAAAAUAGGAAUGUUUACACCUGACAUUCCAUCGUGCAAUGAGACGGAUGAAUGUGCUUCUAACCCGUGUGUUAACAACGGUACAUGUGUAGAUCUCUUAAAUGACUAUAAUUGUACCUGUGUACCUGGAUAUGAAGACAAGAACUGCCAGAACGUUACCGUAUCAUCUACCGGUACUCCAGCUUCUAACACUCCAACGGCAUCGGUGUCUUCACCAUCAUCAACCCCCUCAUCGACAGAACCUGUGACCGUACCAUCUACCGGUACUCCAGCUUCUAACACUCCAACGGGAUUGAUGUCUUCACCAUCAUCAACCCCCUCAUCGACAGAACCUGUGACCGUACUAUCUACGGGUACUUCAGCUUCCAACCCUCCAACGGCAUCGAUGUCUUCACCAUCAUCAACCCCCUCACCGACAGAACCUGUGACCGUACCAUCUACCGGUACUUCAGCUUCUAACCCUCAAACAGAAUCGAUGUCUACAUCAUCAUUAUCCUCAACCCCCUCACCGACAGGAUCUGUGACCGUACCAUCUACCGGUACUUCAGCUUCUGACCCUCAAACAGAAUCGAUGUCUACAUCAUCAUUAUCCUCAAACCCCUCACCGACAGGAUCUGCGAUUGUAUGUACAGUGCCGCUGGAUGUAACUAAUUAUACGAGCUGUAAGGGGAGCGUCUUACCUCUGACAAUUUGUGACUUCAAUUGCAAUGAAACUGGUAACGCCAGUGUUCUUAAUGUCACGUGUAACGCCACGGGAUCAUGGAUUGAAGUACUUCUUACAUGUGGAAGUUUCGGCGUAAAUGCCACGAUCAUAAUUGAUACUCAAGGCACAGGAAGAAAAAGACGCGAAACUUUUCCCUUGGACAAUCAGGAUGUUCUAACAGUCCAAGAAACGUUUGAAUCGGCAAUACUCAGGAUUCCUACAACAUAUCUUGUUAACGUGACAACCAUCAACGCUCAGAGUUUGUCAAACAGCCAGAUGCAAAUGAACUUACUCAUAGGCGUCAUGUACACGUCAGAUGUAACUGUUGAAAGUUUGAUAGAACAGAUCGAAGAAGCUCUUCUAGCAGUGGAUGAAUUCAGCGUUGUUUCAAUUGAUGUAACAGAUCUGGACGCACUCUGUUCCCCCACGCCCUGCAAGAACAACGGCGAGUGCAUGGUUGACUAUAACACCUUUGACUUCACUUGCGACUGCGCCAGUGGAUACUCCGGGCCCCAAUGCAUUAACUCUUCUAACGUCGUACUCCUUGCUAUUCUAGUCCCUAUCACAAUUGUCAUCCUCCUCUUCAUCAUCUUCUUCGUCGUCCUCAUCGUUUACUAUCGUGUUCGUCUCCACAAACUAGAAGGGUAUAAAAAGAGACCGUUUCAUUACGACACGAACGCUCGUCGAUAUGAAGAUGGCAUGCAGCAGUUGUACUUCACAGAAGAUAGGAGACACCAACAUCAGGACCCAGAGACCUUCAAGAACAGCGCUAUGGGCCUUCGAUUCAGUAAAGAAAUCAAUGCUCGUAUGCAAGAGAGAUCUCAACAGAUGGAAUUACAAGGGCAUCACCCAUCAGCAUCUCAACAUGAUCCAACAGGUAGGCAUCGAAGUCGAACGGACCCGAUACAGAGUGGACGAAGCCUUCACGACCGACCAGUGACAGGCGACCAAGGAUUCCAGGGACAUCGCUCAAACGGUAUGCGCAGUCGGGGCAAUCCUUCCCUGAGUCACGAGACGGUCAGCAGCAGCAGCGUAGUCUACAACAAGGCGGCCAGAAGGAGCGUGAAUGAUAGGAACAUGGUCUCUUUAGGCAGAUCGAGAAACGGGAGUAUGCCGUCUGAUGUGUACGUAGCUAACGGUUUUCACGACACACGUCUUUAAAACUGGGCUCUGUACAAGCCCAUCAAAUCAAUAUCCCUACCAAAAUUGGAUCACAGGAGAGACCUUUCGGAUUGAUUGCAAAAUUCCUGAAUCCGGCUGUAACUUUCUGGGAUAGUUGUAUAAUUUUGAUUCAUGUACCUUAGGGAUGCGCUGAACAAUACUGGAAACUUUUCAUUUUUAAUUGAGGUUUUGUAUUAAAAAACGAUAUUUAUACCCGCCUUUGAAUUAAACCUAGAUAUUCGCAAUCGUUUCUUUUUUAAAAGAUUAUGUUUAUCAUAUACAUAUCAAUUUUCAAAACUAGUUUUGAUUUCGUUAUGCAGAUAUUAUAAUCAAUAUAUUACUGGGUGUUUAAUAAGUUGUUCAAAUGUAUUCUAUUUGUACACAGAAUAUUUUUUUAACAUGUAUUUGUAUUUUCUUUUGUUUACAUUAAGCUAUCUUUAUAUAAUGGAUGUUUAUGCUCUUCAUACUCUGCUCCUGUACUGUUAUUUAAUACCAAUGUGGCUAUCUCUUGAUUUAGUCUCUUUUACUUUAGUUUUGUGUAAAUCCAUAUUUAUGGUGAAUGUGUAUUUAUUUUAGCUUCAAAAUGAAUAACAAAACGAACACUACAAUAGUGUGCUCUGGUACACGUCAAGACUUACAUCACAAUCAAAUUAAAGAGUUCAUAACAUUACAAUAACAAUAACUGACAUAUAAAUCAUAUCGUCAAGUAGUGGAGAGACAGAUGGGGGCAAGGGCUAACCGGUUUUUUUCACGUUUCCUUCAAAAUCAAGACAAGUGAAUAAAAACCGACCUUUUCCACGUAAUCCAUCAUCUAAAUUUGACUUGAAGGAUUUUGCGAGGAGGCAGAAUAAUUUCUUUCAGGUUCGAGCAAGUGCCUCAUCAAGGUAAUUCCAUUAUAUGCGUCACAUCAGACAGGUGAAGAAAAAUCCCUUUUAGGCUAAGGAGUGCCAUUUGUCUGCCGCCCCAGAAUUCGGUAACUUUUCAAUCUGAAAUAUUAUUUAAUCUAUACAAAGAAAGACUUACAAUCGAUACUUGAUAUAAGUUUUGUAUCAGGUUCUGGCUUACAACGUAAUGCAUUGUUCCUUCAUAUUAGUGGUAGGAUAAGUAAAUUAUAUGUUUUAGGAUUAGAAGAACAAAAAUGCAUAGUAGACAUUUGAGUUGUAAUUCUAACCUAUAUUCAGGUAUUUUGUAUUUCUUCUACAUAUACAUGCUUUUACACAGGCACUUUUUCAUCCAUGAAUAAAUUAAAUAGAAGUAGCUGAGUUUUCAUGCUAUGAUCGGCUGUUGGAUCGGGUGACA